AUGGCAACCCUGCCCCGCCGUGGUGGGGGUCCCCGCAGGGCUCCACACAGAUCCCAGAUCCUAGAUGCCCUGCUGCCUCGGCCCCGAACGAGACUUCACUUGUACGACGGUUGCAGCGGUCACGCUACGAGCUUCAGCAAAAUAGCAUCGAUCUUGUCCUAUAAAGAGCGGAAAGCUGGUGUGCAUCUGCCGCCGAUCCCCCGACCCCCCGGACCCCCGGGCCCGGCACCGCCCCGCCCCCCUGCGGCCUCGGCCAUGGCCGGGAGCGGGAAGGGAGUCCGGGCGGGAGUCCGGACAGUCCCCAGGCGCGGGGGGUCUCCUCCGCCGUGGUCGCUGCUGUGUCUGCUGUGUCUGCUGGUCCCGCCGGCCGGUCCCUGUCCCUUCCGGGGCUUCUGCGUGGGGACCCCCGGCCGGCUCCGCUGCAGCCCCGCCACCCUGCGGGGGCCGCCCCCGGCCCUGCCCCCGGACGCCCGCAACCUCACCAUCGUGGGCGGGAACCUAAGCGUGCUGCACCGCGCCUUCUUCGCCUCGACGUCCCCCCCGGCUCCGGCCCUGCCCCUCCUGCGGACCCUGCGGCUGACCCACGACCUCAUCGAGGCGGUGGAGGACGGGGCCUUCCUGGGCCUGCCCUCCCUGGCCACGCUGGACCUCAGCCACAACCCGUUGCGCACCCUGGCCUCGGGGGCCUUCGGGGAGCUCCCGGCCCUGCGCUCCCUGCAUCUCAGCCGCGCCCUGCACCGCGGCGGGCCGGAGCUGGCCGGACAGCUGGACGACGCCCUGCGGCCCCUGAGCCGUCUGCGCCGGCUGGACCUGGCGCAGAACGGACUGGCCCGCCUGCCCCCGGCCGCCCUGCGCCUGCAGAGGCUGGAGAGGCUGGACGCUCGGGCCAACGCCCUGCCGGGGCUGGACGCCGUGGAGCUGGAGCUGCUGCGGGCCCGGGACGGGGCCGGCGGGGAGCCCGGGGUCCGGGCGUCGAGGGACGAGGUGUCACCGCCGGGCGGGAGGCCGCCGCUCACCCUGGUGCUGGCCGCCAACCCGCUGCGCUGCGACUGCCGCACGAGGGCGCUGCUGGCCUGGCUCCGCCGCGCCCCCUGGCGGGUGCCCGACGCCUCGGCGCUGCGCUGCGCCGCCCCGCGGGCGCUCAGUGGCGCCGCCCUGCUGGCCCUGCCGGACGGACGCCUGAGCUGCCCGGACGAGGGCGCCCCCGAGAGGGAGGACCGAGACCCGGAGGCCCAAGACCUGGAGGCCUCCUACGUCUUCUUCGGCCUCGUCCUGGCCCUCAUCGGCGGCGUCUUCAUGCUCGUGCUCUACCUCAACCGCCGCGGCCUGCAGCGCUGGCUGGCCACCGUCCGGGCCGCCUGCAGGGACCAGAUGGAGGGCUACCACUACCGCUACGGGCAGGACGGAGAGCCCGGCCGGCCCUAGCCCGCACACGCUCUCCGCCCUCCCAACGGCCUCAAACUAGAAGCUUAG